AUGGGUACCGGUCGUCGCAUGAAGAAGCAGGGCCCUCCUGAGCGCCUGUCUGAAGAGCAUUUUGCGAAAUUGAAGCGGAAGAAGGGUCUCCCAGUCGACACCCCAGAGGAGGCUCCAGCCAAGAAGAGGAGAACGAACAAGGCCGACUCUGCGCCAAAAUCAAACGGGACGAAGAAGGCUGCCCCGGCAGCGAAGGCUUCUGCCAGACAACAGAACGGUUCCAAGCCCAACAGCAGGCAAUCCUCCAGGUCAAAGAAGGCUUCCGUGCCGGAACCCGAGGGAUACUCUGAUAUCGAGAUUGACGACGAGUUUGGCGAUUCAGAUCUGGAAGGAAAGGACCUCUCAGACUCGGACGAUGACGAGCCUGCAAAGCUGGGAUCCGACUUCCUGGGAUCCGACUCUGGCGACUCGGUAUACGAUUCCGACAAUGAUAGGAAAAAGGAGGAGUUUGUCUUCUCCGAUGACGAGGGUGACUCAGACGCUGAGGCGCAAUUGACAGCUGCGAACAUCGAGGGCUUGUCGAGGAAGCUCGACAAACAAAUGGAAGAGGAGGCCGCCGAUGCACAAGCAGAAUUGGAGGAGGCUGCGCUGCAGACAAACAUCAGCGGCGACCCGCUGAAGGUGCUCGAUGAGGAGGAAGAGGAAUCCGACGCAAAGAAGAAGGCUAUCCUGGCACCCGACCUGCAGCUCCUCAGGAACAGGAUCACGGAAAAUAUUCGCGUACUCGAGGACUUUUCAAAGCUGGCCGAGGAAGGAAGGUCAAGGGCCGAGUACACCGCACAGCUGAUCAAGGACAUCUGCGCAUACUACGGCUACUCGGAGUAUAUGGCCGAGAAGCUCUUCCACCUCUUCAGCCCCUCGGAAGCCUUUGAUUUCUUCGAGGCCAACGAGAGCUCCAGGCCUAUGGUUAUCAGGACAAACACUCUGCGGACGAACCGUAGGGAUCUGGCUAGCGCUCUCAUCAACCGCGGUGUCACCCUCGAGCCCGUUGGAAAGUGGUCAAAGGUCGGCCUCCAAAUUUUCGAGAGCAACGUGCCCCUCGGAGCCACACCAGAAUACCUCGCAGGCCACUACAUCAUCCAAGCAGCGUCCUCUUUUCUCCCUGUCAUGGCUCUUGCACCCCAAGAGAACGAGCGCGUGCUCGAUAUGUCCGCGGCGCCAGGUGGUAAAACAACCCACAUGGCGGCACUGAUGCGUAACACAGGAUGCAUCUUUGCCAACGAUUUUAGCAAGUCCCGUGCUAAGGGUCUCAUCGGAAACAUUCACCGUCUGGGCUGCAGAAACGUCGUGGUGUGCAACUACGACGCACGGGAGUUCCCCAAGCCCAUCGGCGGCUUUGACCGCGUCCUGCUCGAUGCUCCCUGCACCGGCACGGGUGUCAUCGCUAAGGAUCCCAGCGUCAAGACCAAUAAGACGGAGAAGGACUUCAUGGCCAUUCCGCAUACUCAGAAGCAGCUGUUGCUGGCUGCCAUCGACUCAGUGAAUCACCACAGCAAGACGGGUGGUUAUAUUGUCUAUUCUACAUGUUCCGUUUCAGUAGAAGAGAACGAGCAAGUGGUCGCCUACGCUCUGGCCAAACGCCCCAACGUCAAGCUCGUCGACACCAACUUGCCGUUCGGGAACGAAGGGUUCGUGUCCUACCGCGGCAAGAAAUUCCACCCCUCUUUGAAGCUCACCCGCCGCUACUACCCGCACACGUACAAUGUGGACGGCUUCUUCGUCUCAAAAUUCAAGAAGAUCGGUCCCACGCCGGCCAACGCCGUGCUCGCGGACAGGAGCGGCACCGCCAAGGAGAGGGCCAACGGCGGCAAGCAGCCGCACCAGGACGAGGAGGACGAGGAGGUCAUCGACAAGACGCCCAUCGGUCACGAGGAGGGCGGAGAGGAAGAUGAUGAUUUUGGCGGGUUCGAUGACGAUGAGGAUGAGAAGAUCAUGGAGCGCGGAAAGAGGAACGCUAUGAGGAGGCGUGGCCUCGACCCAAAGGCGCUGAACAAGAAUAAGAACAAGGACAAGAAGGACGAGAGUGCGGGCACUGAUGCAGACGCUGCUCCUGCUGCGCCCGCCUCGACCAAGACCAAGGCUAAGUCCAAGCCGAAGAAGACGUCGAAGUAG